AUGCUCAAAUCGCAAACCGUUAUAUUUUCAAAGAGGCGCCAGAUUGAUUUUUCUUUUGCGAAGUUGAAAGUUUCAUCAUAUCGUCAGGAGCAAAAGAUGGCGAAAAUUGACCGAUCCAAGAGAGCUCCAUGGACCUAUCCGAAAUACCUCCCUGAGGAUGGCCAGGUCUUGGCCAAAUACUACAAACUAAAUUGGGGCGAAAAAUCGGUAAAAUUGCAAAAGGACUGUAAUUUUCAUCCUGUAUCUCUGCAAAACAGGAGUGCUAAUGGCGUCUACUACCCGGGGGUUCUCCAAAGCCGCUCGCGUGACAAACUCGGCUGGAUCAUCUACAAAAUGAAGUUUUUCGACGGAUAUGUGCAGAAAAACACUUACGAGGAUGACAUCAAGCCGUACUCGAAAAAGGAAGCGAUAGCCGCGAAAAAAAUGGCGGAGGAAAAGUACGCCAAGCCAGAAAACAAGGAAAACUGGUUCUUCUUCCAUAAACAAGUCCAGUUGGAGCUUGCCAAGCCGCUGCAGAAGAAGAAAAUGCGGCCCGGAAUGGACAUUCUCGUCGAAGAGAUGAAAGAGGGCGGACCGGUUUGGGUGCCAGGAAUCGUCAAAGUGCGACGAGCAGACAUCGUGGAAUGCGAGUUCAAAGUAAAAUUCGGAACGAUAAUCCGCCGCAUCAAGUAUUCGCAAAUCCGCCGAUUGUCAAAGAAGAAUCAGCAAUAUUUCAACCAAUUCCACCACAUCCACAAGCACAUGGAAAGCUUCUCCCCGAUCUCAUCCAACCCGGCGAAGGAAAACAACCCCGGACCUGGCCACGAAUCAAUCCUUUCUCAUCGAAAACGCGCGCCAUCAGCAUCCACUUCACUUGAAAACGCCUCUUCCACAAAGAAACGACGCGUGGAAAAUUAA